AUGUCCAUGCCCUCCUGCCCAAACAUGUUCAACACUGAGCAGCAAAGUCUCUGCACUCCCACUGUGGACCCAAGAAUCUCCUUCUCCAACGACUUUGCAGACAUUCAACAACCUACCAAGCAUGAAAACACCUACAGAGAAGCCCCCGUUUCCUCAGAAUUCGAGUUUUCUGUGAAAAACUACUCCAUGAUGUCUGCAGAUGAGUUAUUCUUUAAGGGCAUGAUGUUGCCUGUAAAGAAUAGUCGCACCAACCAGCAGCGAAAGAUGACUUUAAGAGAUGAACUCUCUGUGGAUGAUGAUGAUUAUGAGGAUGUGUUUCCGAGGAUACCGAAGAAUGGAAGCCGGUGGAUAGAGCGCCUUGGCCUAAAAAAGGGUCUCUCUCUCUCCCCUACCAAUAAAAAAUGCGACAAGAGUGAUGGGGUGCUGGAAACUGUAGUUGAAGAGAAAAUGCCUGGGCCUGUGUUUGUUCACGAAGAGGCCUUUGUUAGCAAGAAAACACGUGAACUAUUAUUUUGAGGCCUUGAAGAAUGUUUAAGUUGCGGAUACAAAUGGAGUAGGAUUGGAUCAAUAAGUCAGAUGGAAGUAAAGGAUGUUCUAAAGAAGUAGCAUCGGCAAUCAUCAAGGAAAGGGGGGUUUGUUGUCUGAUAUCUUGCUAAAAAGUUUGAAGUUUUGUUUGCUAAUGGUGAAGGUAUUGUAUGGAUAGUGGGUUCCAUACUGUAUGUUCAGGUUUGAUUAACUGCAUUUUUUUUUUCUAACUCCUGUUUCUAUCUUUAUAUUUGACUCAAACAGCCCCUUCCGCCCUUAAUUCCCAUUGGAAGAGAGAGAGAGGAAGAGGUCAGCUUUUUCUGUUCCGUACAAAUGUGAAAUGUUGAAUGUUGAACUCUCCUACGUAUCUAGGAUUAGAGAUUAUUGUAGUCAAUCUAUCCAUUUCAUAUCUAUUGUUUCAGUGA